AUGGAUGGACGGAAGGAUGGAUGGAUGGACAACGGAAGUGGAGGGAUGGGACCAUGGAUGGAGUGGAAGGACAAAGGAAGUGGAUGGACAGGAGGAUGGACAAAAUGGAGUGGAGGAUGGAUGAUGGAGGAAGACAAUGGAGGACAGUGGAUGGAGUGGAUGGAAAUGGAAGGAGGGAGGAUGGAAAGGAGGAAACAGAAUGGAAGGUGGAUGGACAUGGAGGGAAUGGAAGGAAUGGAAAGGAGGAGGAUGGACAGUGGAUGGAUGGACAAUGGAUGGAAGUGGACGGAAGGAGGAUGGAUGGACGAUGGAAGUGGAGGAGUGGAGGAAUGGAUGGAUGGAAGUGGAGGAGGUGACGGAUGGAAGGAGGGAAUGGAUGGAUGA